AUAACGCUCCUCUUAUGGAGUUUCGACCGCCACAGUCAAGAGUACUUGGUUCUCCCGAUCCCUAUCAACCAGACUCGUGUAAUCAUGUCCUUCCCUCGCAGCGAUGAAGAAAGGCAGCGGCAGAUAUCCGUCAAGGAAAUAGCUUUGCCGGAGAAUGUUCUUAACGUUAAAAAAAUGUUCAAUCGUCACCUUCAUUACACAUUGGUCAAGGAUAGAAAUGUGGCUACUCCGAGGGAUUACUAUUUCGCCCUUGCCCACACUGUCAAGGAUAAUUUGGUCAGCCGGUGGAUUCGAACGCAACAGCAUUACUAUGACACAGAUCCGAAGAGAGUUUAUUACUUGUCAUUGGAAUACUUAGUUGGGCGUUCAUUAUCGAAUACCAUGAUAAAUCUUGGAAUUCAGAAUACCUGUGAUGAAGCCUUAUAUCAGUUAGGCCUAAACAUGGAAGAGCUCCAGGAAAUCGAAGAUGAUGCUGGACUUGGAAAUGGAGGAUUGGGCAGGUUGGCGGCUUGUUUCUUGGAUUCAAUGGCAACUUUAGGUAUGGCAGCAUAUGGAUAUGGGCUGAGAUAUGAAUAUGGCAUUUUUACUCAGAGAAUUAAAAACUUUGAGCAGGUUGAAGAACCAGAUGACUGGCUGAGAUUUGGAAAUCCUUGGGAGAAAGCAAGACCAGAGUACAUGAUCCCAGUCAACUUCUAUGGAAGAGUGGAAAAAACAAAACAAGGUUCCAAAUGGGUGGACACUCAAUUGGUUUUUGCGAUGCCGUAUGACAGUCCAGUUCCAGGUUUUCGAAACAACUUUGUCAACACCUUAAGACUGUGGUCCGCUAAAUCCCCUAAUAGUUUCAAUUUACGAUUUUUCAAUAACGGAGAUUAUAUUCAAGCAGUUCUGGAUAGAAAUCUCGCUGAAAAUAUCACAAGGGUCUUGUAUCCUAAUGAUAAUGCAUUUGAAGGCAAAGAAUUGCGAUUAAAGCAAGAGUAUUUCAUGGUUGCGGCCACACUUCAAGACAUAAUUAGGAGGUUUAAAACCACGAAAUUUGGAUCAAUGGACCCAACUCGAACAUCAUUUGAGAGGUUUCCAGAAAAGGUAGCACUACAAAUGAAUGACACGCAUCCUGCUAUUGCCAUACCAGAAUUAAUGAGGUUAUUAAUUGAUGUUGAAGGUCUAUCUUGGGAAAAGGCUUGGGAUAUAACUACGAAAACAUGUGCAUAUACCAAUCAUACAGUUUUGCCUGAAGCAUUGGAACGAUGGCCCAUUUCAAUGUUCGAAUACAUCCUUCCUCGUCAUCUUGAAAUUAUAUAUGAAAUAAACGCUUUGCAUUUAAAAAGAGUUGAAAAAGCAUAUCCUGGUGAUAUUGACAAACUACGUCGCAUGUCAAUGAUUGAAGAAGGCGAUGUAAAGAGUAUAAAUAUGGCUCACUUAGCUGUUGUUGGAUCUCAUGCUGUGAAUGGUGUAGCAGCAAUUCAUUCCGGUUUAAUCAAAACCACAAUAUUCAAGGAUUUCUAUGAGCUUGAUCCCCAAAAGUUUCAGAACAAAACCAACGGAAUAACUCCUCGUAGAUGGUUGGUUUUAUGCAACCCUGAACUUGCUGAUACAAUAGCAGAUAAAAUUGGUGAUGAGUGGAUUAUCCACCUAGAGCAACUGAAGAAAAUAAUACCAUUCUUAAAGUCUUCUAGCUUCGUACAGAAAAUACAACAAGUUAAAAACGAAAAUAAAAUGAAAUUAGCUGAUUUGAUUGAGAAAGACUAUGGCAUAAAGUUAAAUACUGAAUCUAUCUUUGACGUACACGUCAAGCGAAUACACGAAUAUAAAAGGCAACUUCUGAAUUUGCUGCACGUUAUCACCAUGUACAACAGAAUUAAAGAGAAACCUAAUGCUCCAUUCGUUCCCCGUACUGUCAUGAUUGGGGGAAAGGCCGCUCCAGGAUAUCACAUGGCAAAGCAGAUCAUCAAGCUCAUAUGCAAUGUUGGAAGAGUAAUAAAUAAUGACCCAAUAGUUGGUGACAAACUUAAACUUGUGUAUCUAGAGAACUACAGAGUAACUUUGGCUGAAAAAGUGAUUCCAGCUUCAGAUUUGAGUGAACAAAUUUCUUUAGCCGGCACUGAAGCAUCCGGAACAGGCAAUAUGAAAUUCAUGCUGAAUGGAGCUUUGACUAUUGGCACAUUAGAUGGGGCAAAUGUUGAAAUGAGAGACGAAAUGGGACCAGAAAACAUUUUUAUUUUUGGAAUGACUAUUGAAGAUGUCAAGAAAUUGCAAGAGAGAGGAUACAAUGCAAUGGACUAUUAUCAAAGGCUGCCUGAACUAAAACGUGCUAUUGAUCAGAUCAAAGGGGGAUAUUUCAGUCAACAGAAUCCGGAUCAGUUUAAGGAUCUAGUAGAUGUUAUUCUGAAAUAUGAUAGAUUUUAUGUUUUGGCUGACUAUGAAGAUUAUAUGAAAUGCCAAGAAAAAGUUAACGAGACUUAUCUGAAUGGAACUAAAUGGACAGAAAUGGCUAUAAAUAAUAUUGCAACUGCUGGAUUUUUCUCGAGUGACAGAACCAUUUCUGAAUAUGCAAAAGAUAUUUGGGGUGUGACACCAUCUAGAGAGAAGCUGCCAGAUCCCCAUGAACCCGCUGAAUUACAAGAUUCGAAAAAGAACACUAAAGGAAAAUAGAGCUUAGUUUAAAAUUUUCUCAGGAAUUUUAUUUUGAUCGAAAUGUAUAUUUUUGAUGUUUAUCUUUAAGAGUUAUAUUGUAGAAUUUUUUUUUUCUUGUUGAUUAAAAUAUUUACUCAA